CAGUUCUUCCACCGAGGCAGAUUCUGGGUAAGCAGGCUGCUCGAGCAGUAAGCAGCUCCUUCCAGGAGUCUCAGGUGCUUAGUGGCACAUCUCCAGCACUCAGAGCAUGGGUGAAUUGAAGGCAGAUACAGCUGGGACCAUAGGAGAUUUCUCAGGUCAUCUAUUUGCUGGAUCAUUCUGCUUUAUUUUUGGUCUUUCGGAGAGUACAAAAUGUAUUCUGAAGUAUCUCUGCAAAAAGCAAAAGAAGACUUACUAUUCCAAAACACUAUUUUAUAAAUUAGAAAUUUUGGAAGGAAUUUUAAUAUUCAUCUUGGCCUUAACCGGCAUCUGUGGGUCAUUACUUUUUACUGGAGGAUCCCAUCUGCCUCUGUAUGAAGGAAACCACUGGAACAAGCUCAAGGACUGGCACCAUUCCACUGUAUAUCUUUUCAUUGGGUUGGUCGGUGUGGCUAAUAUCUUAUGCUUCACCGUCAGUUCACUUCCCGUCUCCUUAACCAAGUUAAUGAUGUCAAAUGCAUUUUUUGUGGAGGCUUUUAUCUUCUACAACCACACUUAUGGCCGGGUAAUGGUGGACAUGUUUAUGCACAACCUGGUGGGCCUCGUCUCCUUUGUGACAGGCUUGGUUGCCUUCAUUGAGCUCCUUACAGAGAACAAUAUACUUCUGGAGCUCCUCCGGUCAAACCUCAUCUUGCUGCAGGGGAGCUGGUUUUUUCAGAUUGCUUACGUCCUGUUUCCCCCAGAGGGAAAGACUACAUGGGAUCUGAUGGAUCAUGACACUAAAAUGUUUCUCUCCAUGUGUUUUUGUUGGUAUUGUGUAUUGGCCUAUAUCAUCAUUGGAGUGAAUUAUGCAUUUGUUGCCUGGUUGAUGAAACUCAGAAUGAGGAGGCUGUGCUCAUCAGAAGUUGGACUCCUGCAAAGUAACGAAUAUGAACAAGAAUUAGAAGAAGAGAUAUGAUUUGGAUGCGGGUUCCAUCUAUUUAGACAAAGCUUUUCUUUUUGCAUUAUUUUUUCAUAAGUUUGUUUUUUAACACUUUGUGUGCAGAAUAGCUGUCUAACAGUGAUUCUGUACCAUAUAUAUUUUCAAUUUUGCUAAAGCAUUUGAAUUUAAAUAUUAUCCUUUUAACUUUGAAAAAAUACACUGGGAGAUGAGUUCAUGCUGUAUAUCAUAGUAUUCAGGAGCUAGAGUGACUUUUCUAAUAUCAUCUAUAGUUUGAUACCAAUAUUGUGAAAAUUACUUAUUUGUAGAUUAUUUGCUUAUAGAUAUGAUGAAUGUUUCUGGGCAAAUGGUAGCAACCAUUUGUGACUGAUUAUCUUGUUUUUCUUGCUAAUUUAAUGAAAAACAAAUUAGAAAGUAUACCUUUGUGCAUGUACCUCGAAUUUCCAUUUUCACUAGUAAGCUAUGCCUCACCCUUGAGUGAUGAAGAAGAUGCACAACACAGAAAUUUCUUUCUGUGGGACAUCGCUCUCUCUUUUUGGAGCAUCUGGGUCUUCCCUGAGAAAGGUAUACCAGAAGACCUCUGUAAGCGUGGGAUCUUUUGGAGAGGAGGAAAGUGAUGGUCCCUAGGACAUGUGGUCGCAAAGUCAACACCAGAAGUGUUGCAGUAUUAAUGGCAAGAGUACAAGGCACCAUCACAGAACAGACACCAUGGCUUAGCUUCUGUUAAAGUAGGUACAGGAGAAAAGCAAGCAAAAGCCUUCCAAAUCACAUCUGCCUGAAAAUCAGAACCUUCAAGCAGUGUGUGGGCUGAGUAGCUUGCUGUGGAGAGCCAGGGAAUUUUGUUUUAAUUCUCUCCACAAUUACCCAACCUUCAGUUCUCUAGGAAUCACUACGUCUUUUCCCUAAAGUAAGCAGUGUGAAUCAGGCGGGACUUUCUGCCUGUCCUACAGUCAGAAUUUCAAAAAGGAGGCACGUACACAGCUAAUGUAGGACCAGCUUAGAAAAGCCAGUCUUGACCUGAGAGAGAAAGAGUUUAAAGAAAUCCUGAGGGAUGACCCAUAUGUGGAGAGAAGGGGGCAAUCUUCUGGUCAGUUGAAGAUGCGACGUGAACAAUUAACUGAAGGCUCCCUGGCACUCCAAAACAUAGACUGUUCCAGAAGCUGCCCCGUCUGGUACACAUUGCAGUGACACUGAAAAAGAGAUCAGCAGAUGCUUCAAGGCCAAGAACUAGACACGAUUUAUGUAAGAUUUGAAAGAAACUGAUAUGAGUGACUGUCUUGAGCAAUGCAAGAAAUAUUAGCUCACUUGUGGGAUAUUAAAAUGUUCAUACAUCGUGGCCCUUGAGGGGAGCACGUGCUCUGUACCAGGGGUGUCCAAUAUCUCAGAGCUCUUUUCUCAUUCAGCAAGAUUCUACAUCUUUGGCAAAUCUGAGUUUCAAAGCCGUGAGUGAGCAGUCAGGUGCAGUUACUUGCAUCUGGGUUGCUUGUAUGGAGGACUGAGCAGUGAUUCUAUGGAAUUACUAGUAUGAGUUAGAUUAAGUCUGGACUUUUGAAAAUUGAUAAAUUGAAAUGUUCUUCAGCUUAUGAGAGAGAAGAAAUAUACACUGCCCUCAUCUCUAUACACAGAGAAUACCAUCAAGACCCAGCCUAAGUGAGUUCUCAGAAGAGGAAUGUUUGGUUCAAGUCUAAGACCACCUUAUUUGCACCAUCUGCCUCUGGUCCUUGAAAUAAACAAGACAUUUAAAAACCA